AUGAUCGAGGACGGGGACAGGCUCUGCCUCGGUCUCUCGGGGGGGAAGGACUCCAUGACCCUGCUGCACGUACUGCUCCACCUCCAGAAGCGGGCCCCCAUCACGUUUGAGGUGGCGUGCGCUACGGUGGACCCACAGACCCCGUCCUUCGACCCAUCCCCCCUCAUCCCCUACCUCGAACGCCUCGGGGUGAAGCUGCACUACAUCAGCUCGCCCAUCAUCGAGCAGGCCAAGACGUCCAUGCAGGGAGACAGCCUGUGUGCCUUCUGCGCGAGGAUGAAGCGCGGCCUGCUGUACGCGUGCUGCCGGGAGCAGGGCUACAACAAGCUCGUCCUAGCCCAACACCUCGACGACCUCGCAGAGAGCUUCAUCAUGUCCGCCCUGCACAAUGGCCAGGUGUUUAGUCGAGACGGGCAUGUAGGUCGCUUUGUCUGCUUGCUUGUGGGAGGAAAGACGAAGUCAAUCCGGGUUGCGCUGUGGGUUUGUUGCUCUCUUCGACGGCUGUGGGGAGACGGGGUGCAUUAUGCCGGGUUGGCAAAGCGAACGGCGACGGAGGUCCGCACCAUGAAGGCCAACUACAAGAUCGAGGCCGGCGACGUUCGGGUGAUCCGGCCCCUGUGCUACGCGAGGGAGGCGCUGACGAAGGACUUCGCAAGGACCAACCGGCUUCCCCUGUCGUGCAUGCCGUAG